ACAGCUAAGUACACGGUGAAAGAUUUGAUGAAUCUGCUGGAAAAAAAUGCAAACAGAAUGUCUGCUGAGGAGAAACUUUGUCUUAGAGCUGCUAUCUUGACUCAUGGGAUUAUAAUCGCCAAGAAUCCAACGAUAAAGACCUUGGAGGUUAUGCGAUACAAGGUCCUAUCUGCUAGUAUAUGCAGGAUGAAAGCAAAAACAUUUGCAAAAGCUCAGUAUGAAGUGCAAGGAUUCGUAUGGGCAAUCACGUUGUGGGCUUUGUCUGCUGUGCCUGCGCUAGGUCCUACAUUUGGGAGCCGUUUUGAUUCAAGCUCGUCUGCUGGCCCGUUGUGUUUACAGUGGAAAGCCACUCAGACUCCCAGGAUUUCAGAAGUUUUGCGUGUAGAGCAGAUAAAUAAUGUUGUAGUCAAUACUGUUGUUGAGGAUCCAAAGGAAUAUAAGAAACUGGUUCCACCAACAAAUCCUAUUAACAAAGACUUUGCAACGGUGGUGCAACUUGUAAUGCAAGGCUAUAGGUUAAGCAGAUCCGAGUGGAUAGAGGGGAAAGUAGAUGGUGUUUUAGCAUCUGAACAAAUAUGGAUACAACAUAACAGACGAGCAGAGCCUAGUAGAACAACACGUGAGGCUCCUAUCGUGACUGACAGUGACAAAAUUGACAAGAUGAUGGAGAUGCUUAAAACUUUGAUUGGCUAA